AUCCUAUCAUUGUGCUACUCUUAAGGGAGGAUGGAGCUGCCUUUCUUCCCUAGCUACCACUACGUACCAUGCCCAUUUGCUGGUUCAUGGUAUACUAAUCAAGGUUAUCAUAAGUUAAGGUAGUGGAUUGAGCGCUGGAGGUAGAGCUCAUAUCGAUCGAGAAUACAUGGAGUCUGCCGUGGCGAGCGCAUUGCUGAAGAGCGUCAUGGGGAGGCUCUUCACGGUGCUAGAGAAGGAGUACAGCAAGCACAGGGAGCUGGCUCAAGAAACCAACUCCCUCCAGCAGGACCUCCGCAUCGUUGCGGCGGCCAUGGACGACCAGCUCCUUUCCAUCAGGAGGAGCGACGCCCGCACGGCCGUCGCGCGGCUGCACAGCAAGGAGAUGCUCGAUCUUGCGCAUGACAUCGAGGACUACGUCGACCGCUUCAUCCACCAUCUCACUUGCAGGCAGCAGUGUGCUAGUGCCGGCCGGAACUCCCUUCUGGACCGGGUCGCCCACGAGCUCAAGAAGGUUCAGAGCCGCUCGAGCUUCGCCAACGAGAUCCAGAAGCUCAAGAGGCCCCUCAGGCAAGUGCACCAGGAUGUCAUCAAGAACAAUCCACUGGCUGGUGGUCAAUCAUCUUCCCCGUCUCCGCAAGAUCGUCGCAUCGCGGAUAACCCGGUGGGCAUAGAGGAGCCCGUGGAGGAGCUCCUCUCGCUGCUGGAUGAGGUUGAGGGUGAGCCGGAGCGAAUGAGGGUCAUCUCCAUCGUGGGAUUCGGUGGAUUGGGGAAGACAACCCUCGCCAAGGCGGUCUAUGAUAGCCCUCGCGUGAAGGAGAAAUUCCACCUCCGUGCAUGGGUUCCCGCCGGUGCCUCUCCGGAGACAAGCAGUGGGAUGAGGGGGAUCUUGCGUGCUGUGAUACAGAAAAUUCUUCCCAAUGUUGCCAUGGAUGUUGACGGCCAACUUGAAACCUCGCUCAAAGAAUACCUCAAGGACAAGAGGUGGGUAUUAAUUGUGAUCGAUGACAUCGGGAUGGAUCAAUGGAGCAUCAUAAGUUCCACCUUUAAGGACAACGGUACAAGCAGCAGAAUAAUACUGACCACAACUAUUCAAUCAAUAGCUAAUAGCUGCAGCCAUGGCAAUGGUUAUGUGCACCAAAUGAACACGCUUGGUGAAGAGGACUGCAAGGAAAUAGCCUUACCAACUGGGAUAAGAUCACCUGAGUUGGAGACUGGUUCAGUACCAUUAUUAGGCAAAUGUGAUGGCCUUCCUCUUGCUCUGGUCAGUGUAUCUGAUUAUCUGAAGAGUUCGUGUGAGCCCACAGGAGAGCUGUGUGCAAACCUGUGCCGCAACCUCGGUGCUCAUCUGAAAGAGCAGGAUGGCCAUCCCAGCUUUUCAGAACUCAGGAAGGUGCUUCUUGACAACUAUGACAGUUUAUCCGGCUAUGCUCUCAGCUGCUUGCUGUAUCUUGGUAUAUUCCCAAGCAAUCGUCCUCUGAAAAAGAAAGUUGUAAUCAGACGGUGGUUGGCUGAAGGAUAUGCAAGAAGUGAUUCUCUUCGCAACGAAGAGGACAUUGCAGUUGAGAAUUUCAAUAAGCUUAUUGAUCGGAAUAUCAUUCUGCCUGUUGACACAAGAAACAAUUCAGACGUGAAGACGUGCAAAACUCAUGGAAUUAUGCAUGAGUUUUUGCUGAACAUGUCCUUGGCCCAGAGAUUCAUCAUGACAUUGUCUCGUGAUCAUCCAAGACUCAUCUCCAAUGCACGCCACCUUUCUGUCCAUGAUGGUGAACUGACAGGAUACGUGACAUCUGAUGAAGAAUUUUCUCGUGUCCGAUCUCUAACUGUAUUCGGGGAUACAAGUGAUACAGUCUCUUAUGUUCGGAAGUGCAAGCUAAUACGAGUAUUGGAUUUACAAGAAUGUAAUGAUUUUGCUGACGAUCAUCUGAAACACAUAUGCAAAUUAUGGCAUCUGAAAUACCUGAGCUUUGGGUACAAUAUCAAUGUGCUUCCAAGGAGCAUUGAAGGACUGCAUUGUUUGGAGACACUAGAUUUAAGGAGAACCAAGAUCAAGUUUUUGCCCAUUGAAGCUGUCAUGCUGCCCCACUUAGCUCACCUGUUUGGAAAGUUUAUGCUGCAUAAAGAUGACCUGAAGAAUGUCAACAAGAUGAGUAAACUAAAUCCUUGCAAGAAACAAAAAAAAGGGAUGAAUAUACUACCAAAAUUCUUCACAUCAAAAAAGAGCAACUUGCAAACUCUAGCAGGUUUUAUCACUGGUGAGAACGAAGGAUUUCUGCAACUUAUGGGUCAUAUGAAAAAACUGAGAAAGGUUAAGAUAUGGUGCAAGCAUGUUGCAGGUAGCAGUAAUUAUAUAGCUGAUCUUUCACAGGCCAUUCAGGAAUUCACCAAGGUUCCUAUUGACAGUGACAGUAACCGUUCUCUCUCACUUGAUUCUGAAGAAUGCUCUGAAAAUUUCCUGAGCGCACUUCACUUGGAGCCAUGCUCAGAAGAUUUCAAAUACCAUCUAAGGUCACUAAAGCUGCAAGGCAGGUUCCUCCGAUUGCCUCCAUUUGUUACCUCGCUGUCAGGCCUCACGGAGCUUUUCAUUUCAUCAGCUACGCUGACACAAGAUCAUCUAUCAGCACUGAUCACUCUGAACAGACUUCUCUACCUCAAACUGAUUUCAGACAAGCUUGAGAAUUUUGAAAUGAAACAUGGGGCAUUCCCGAGCCUGCGACGCCUGUGCUUUGUGGUUAAAAGUGUCACUUCAGAUUUGCCAACAAUCAAGCAAGGAGCUCUGCCAAACCUUGUCUCACUUCAUCUGCUCUGUCGAGGUUUAGUCGGACUAUCCGGCAUCGAGAUCAGACACCUGAAACAUCUCAAGGAAGUCGUGAUUGACUCUGACGUGACUCCACAAACAAAGCAAGACUGGGCACACGCAGCAAAAAACCACCCGAAUAGACCUAAAUUUUCAUGGCCUCGAAAGGUUGAUUUAGUGGAAAGCGAGGAACCGGCAAAACAUCUUAAGACAGAGAAGAGGAAAUAUUGUUCAAAUUAUGAACUGGAUUAUAAUCUUCAGGAGAUGAGACUAUCAGAGAGUAGAGACCAUAAGAGGCAGAAAAUUGGAGAAGGUGAUACUAGCAAAAGUUCUGUGGGUCUUGUAUAUCCUAUGUAUGGAGAUGUUGAAACUGAUAGAACACAAGUUCACUUAUUUAACCAAGAGACAAGAAGGUACGAUCGGACUGAAGUUGAUCAGAAGUGUCCUGAAAUGUUGCAGGAAUACAAAGAUAAACACUCCAUGGUGGUGGAUGUUGAUUUGAGAUCAGAUGAACAAGUCAAUCCUCCCCAUCCCAAGUUGAAGAAUCUGAUGCCUGGGAAGGAAUAUGAUCGACAGGAGCUGAUACCAACAGAGGGAGCAAAAGUGGGCCAAUGCCAAUCAGGUGGUGAUGAAGAUCAAAUUGUUCAUAACACUAAUGGCAAGAAGGUUGUUGUGCAAGCCAAUCAUUUCUUUGAACAAGAGGACCAGGGCUCUCAAGUAACAAUGUCAUAUGAAUCAAGUUCUCUCUUGUCACACAUGGAUACUAAAUCGUUGUGAAAGGUGCAAACAACUGUCAGAGUGUUAAAUAGCAGUCUUUUUAAUGCUUAAGUGGCAUGCUCUUUCGCCACAACAAGAUAUUGCUUCCUUUGAUGACUGGUGGGCAAGUGCAGAAAUUAGGGUGGAUGAUCAGGUUAGAAAAGGGUUUAAUUCUACUGUUGUCUUGGGAGCCUAGACGUUAUGAAAACAUCGCAAUCGCUGUGUCUUCGACGGUACCUCUGCCAACAUGGCUGAAGCCUUGCUGCUUGCUAGAGAAGAAUUGUAUGACUGGGGUUUGGCCAGGGCUAAGGGCAUUCUUGCCCAUGCCGAACGGUGAAUAAUGUAAUGUUUAUGUGUGUGUUGUUAGGGUUCUUACCCUCUUAAUUUUUAUUAUAAUAUAAUGAUACGCAACUCUCCUACAUGUUCGAGAAAAAAAAUGCUUUGUUAUUUGAGGUGUAAAAUUGACCUGUUUGUAGAGCUAAAUCUACCAUGUUUGUAAAAUAAAAUGGUGCUGGUACAUUGGGAAUUUA